AUGCUUAUUAUGAGUGUCCCAUCCACCCGGCUGGACCCCGAGAGCAGCAGUGAAGCCACCAGCAGCUCCACGUCCGCCACCACCUCCGACUCGUCCAAACAUGCCGCGCCACCCGCUCCGCCGCUGCCACCGCCACCCCCGCCCUCCGGAGCCCCGCCCCCACCCCCACUUCCGGGCAACCAUGGUGGCAGAAAGAAGCGCCGGGUACGUAGCUUCUUCUGGAAACCCAUCCCGGAGGAGAAAGUGCGGGAAAAGCCCAACAUCUGGACCAUGGCGGUGCAGCAGCAGCAGCAGUUUCAGAUCGACGUGCGCUCGGUGGAGGAGCUGUUUGGUCAGCAGGAGGAGGGGGGCGGCAGGGGGACCGCCACUGCCAUCGGGACGUCCACACAAGUGUCCAGGACCCGCUCGUUCAAGGAGGGGAGCAAAGAGGAGAUCAGCAUCCUUGACUCAAAGAGAGCGAUGAAUGUGGGCAUUUUUCUCAAACAAUUCAAAAAGUCGAACCGCACCAUUGUGGAGGACAUUCGGAGAGGGGAUGGUCAGAAGUACGGUGCCGAGCUGCUCAAAGACCUCCUGAAGCUGCUACCGGAUGUGGAGGAGGUGAAGAAGCUACAGGCUUUUAAAGGAGACCCAGACAAGCUGGCACUGGUGGAUGCCUUUAUGUACCUGCUGAUACAAGUGCCGCAGUUUGAGCUGCGUAUCGAGGCCAUGGUUCUACGUGAAGAGUUCUCUCCCUCCUGCACGGUGAUGAGCAACGAGAUUCAUGUCAUCCGUGUGGCCACCAAAGAGCUAAUGGGCUGUGAAGAACUUCAUGCAAUUCUACAUUUGGUUCUGCAAGCUGGGAAUAUCAUGAACGCUGGCGGAUAUGCAGGAAAUGCAGUGGGCUUCAAACUCUCCUCCCUGCUCUCGUUAGCCGAUACCAAAGCCAACAAGCCCGGCAUGAACCUGCUGCACUUUGUGGCUAUGGAGGCAAAGAAGAAAGACGAGAAACUGCUCAAGUUUCCAGAGAAGCUCCAGGACGUCCAGAGUGCUGCAAGGAUCUCUGUGGAGAACAUCGAGACAGAGUACUCUUCGCUGUAUGUGCGCAUCAGAACUCUGGAGGAGAAGGUCCAGGGGGAUCCGGAGCUCCUGCAGCAGCUCCAACCUUUCCUGCAGAGUGCAGCACAGACUCUGCAGGACCUAAAGAGACGGAGGCUGGAGCUGCGCAAAGAGGGGAACAGCCUGAUUGACUUUUUCUGCGAGGACAAGGACACGUUCAAGCUGGACGAAUGCUUCCGGAUCUUUCAAGACUUCUGCCACAAGUUCAAGAAGGCGGUCAAGGAUAACACAGAGCGUGAGCUGAAGGAGGCAGCACGCCAACGACGCCUCAGAGAGCUGGAGCAGAGACGCAGUGCCUGGUCCGGUCCUGACCAGAGCGGCGGCUUUGCUCGCAGCAGCAGUGAGACUGACGUAGACAUGCUGACUAAGGAGGGCCUGCUGGAGUUCAUUCACAGGUCCCAGAGCCCUCUAAGCCGCUCCACCAGUGCAAGGCGCCACCGCCACACCAUGACCAGCACAGCAGAUCGCCAGCUGCAGGGCUACCUGGAAGUGUUUGGACAAAACGACAAUGACUGUUCUAAGUUCAACAGCCUCCCGCGACCAGGCAGACCUCAUCAGAGAAGAACUACUCCGUGGAUGCUAGCACAAGAUGACAACCGGGAACUGGGUUGGGACAGACUUGUUGAUGUGGAGCCAAUAAGCCCACUUGCAAAGUUUUCCUCUCCUGGGCUGAAUGACAAUGCAGACUCAUACACUACCAAUGAUCAGUACACCUCUGUGUCGGAGGGAAGCAGCAGGCGUGGCGACAGACAACCUGAAAAUACAGAAACUCGCAGAGCGCUGAGGGAUCAAAGCACACCAGCAAGAGGGAGGAGCGAGAAGGCUACAAGAACCCCUCGCCAUUCCAGCAUGCCUCCUGACGAAUCCAAAGUGCAAAGAGGACUUAGCGGAUCUACGUCAAGAUGGACAAGAGAGUCCACGCCCAGAAAAGCAACCACCUACAAACCGAGCGCUAAACCACUGCGAAACAUCCCCAAACCUGAAGAAAAAAUGUGCAGGUCCACAAUGAGGGCUCUAGCGCAAUCCCAAACGCAAGCUAACGCUGAAAACACAAGCCCGAAUACAGCUAAGAGUUCGUCUGAUGUUCCAAGCUUUGCACGGAACACGGUGGCGUUUUCUUCGCGGACCAAGAAGGAGCCUUCGACGCCGUCCCGUAGUCCAUCGACAUUAGCGAAGCAGGCUAAACCGAGCAAGCCCCCAUCCUCAGAGGAGCGGCCCGUGAGAAGGGUGCAGAGUGUGAGGGCCGCCAGUCGCAACACGUACCGUAGCGAGACCCCGCCGCCAUCAGGUUCAAGAGAUGACCAACGCAAGACAAGCAGCUUCUCAGAAAAGUCCAUACCGGGCAGAGACUUGGCUACCAGUCGGAGUGCAAAACCAGGCUGGAAGUGA